AUGAAGAUAAAAGAAUUUCUGUUCUUAUUUUUUCUCUUAUUCUCUGAGCUUUCUGAGGGCUAUAAGUUGGCAGAGUCCUCCAAUGAAAUUGGGGAACAGACACCGGAUUAUCAGAUUUGCUGUGACAACACACCCCCACCAACCAAAGGCGGCAUCAGGCUAGACAACAAGUCAAAGAUAAAAGCAUCUAGCAUUGCUCAAAAGGCGGCUAAGGAGGCCAAGGACGCAUCCGAUGCCCAGAUAGAAGCAGGUGAGGCUGCAGCUCGCCAGGUUAAGCAGCAACUGGCCGAUAAAGCACAAGCCGCUGCUAAGGCUGCGGAAGCCGCUCUUGCCGGAAAACAACAAAUUGUAGAGCAAUUGGAGUCCGAGGUAAGAGAGGGCGAAUUGGUGGUUCAGGAGGAGAGCACCCUAUUACAAACUACUCAAACCACUUGUACUGCCGCUGGACAAGCCGCCAAACAGGCAGGUGAUCAGCUUAAAACUAUAAUGGUGGCGGUAAAAAAUGCGCAGGAGAACGUGGUCAAUGCUGAGCACGUGGCCAGUGGAGCCCAACAGGAGCUGGCCGAGAAACAGCAGCUCGUCGAGGCGGCCAAGAAGAGAGUUGAGCUUUUACUCCGCCAAUUGGAUGUGGCACGGGUAGAUUUUAAGAACACUAAAAAUGCCGCCGAGAAGGCAGCUUGUGCAGCGCAUGAGGCCAGACAAAGAGCCACCCGAGAGCGAAGAAGGGCGGAACUGAGGCACAGACUACGACUAACUAAUCGAAGUACCAACUUGGAUACCUAAGUCUUAUAUUUUCUAUUUAUUAUUAUUUCUUUUGUCUAAAGAGGAUUUAAUGCCUAAGUGGUGAUUCAUUUUAUUUGUGUUUUUUCUAAAAUAUAACAAAAAUGUUUAGGAAAAUUAAAUAAACCAACAAAUUUUACUAAA